AUGUCAGAUAAUCCUCUCGUAAUUACAAUGGAGGAUACUCCAGACAAAAAUAAGAAAAUUUUGGAAAUUGUCUGCUCGCCUAACUUAAAAUAUGUUGCCGCGUUGUACGAAGGUGGCAACAUCAAUCUUUGGCCUAUUGAACAGCCUGAAAAAAUAAUUAAUAAUAUUGGCAAGAUUCACAAAACAAAAAAUGGGGAAAAAUUUUUUGCAAUUUCAGAUAAAUAUAUUUCAUUCAGUCUUUAUAGAGAUAAACCCUAUAAUUUCAAAAUUCUUGAUUUUGAAAAUGAAAAAGAGGUAUUAUUAAAAUUUCCAGAUUGGCAAAAUGAAAUUGACUAUUUAUCCUUUAUUGAUAACGGAAAUGUUAUAAUGGUCAACGCUAAAUAUUACAGAGCAUAUGUUUUUUCGAUUGACGAUAAUAUUAAUUGGGCUUGUAAAUUAUGUAAAUCAAUGAUUGAGUUGAAAUAUUUUAAAAAAAUUUAUAUUACUCUUAAAGGCAAAUUGAUCAUAUUUAAUGAUACAAUUUAUGAAAUCACAAUGUGGGACGUUGAAAAAUUAUCGAUUAAAACACGUGUUUUAAUAGAUUGGGAUUUUACACCUGAAUCUAUUGAAAUUAGCGAUGAUGAAGAAUUAUUAAUAAUAUGUGCAAAAAAUGAGAAAACGAAGGACACAAAUUUAUACAUUUUUUCCACCCAGACUGGGAUAAAUUUGUCAUUCUUUACUACAAAAUUGGCAAUCAAUAGAAUCCACUUGAUCGCUUCUAGAAAAGGAGAGAGACUAUUAUAUAUUACAAGCGAAAAUGACUAUAAUUUAAUGGACCCUUAUAGCCUAAAAUAUCCAAAAGAUGCAAGUGAGCUUUUUGAAAGGAAUGAAAUUCCAAUUCAAGAACCAUACAUAAUUCGAUCGGAUGAAAGAUCGGACAAAAUAAUUUAUACGAUUGAUGGAAAAGUUUUAAUUGAAGAACUAUUGCCUGAUAAUUGGAUCAAAUACUUACGAAAAGAACUGAAGGACACAAAUAGAAUUACAUCUCCAUCUAAAAACACAAUCGAUAUUAUAAACAAAAUAAUUGAUGAGCAUAUUACUGACAAAAAAGAAUUUCAAGGGGAACUUUUAAAGUGGGGAUUAGAAAUAAACGAUAAAUCGGUCCAACUUACCGUAACUGAAUAUAAUUAUCGCAAGAAAAAAUGGAUUCUCAAAAAUCCACUAGAAAUUCAUCCAUCAUUUUAUCCUGAUGGAAAAAAUUAUAUACUAUCCUGUGAAGUUCUUGAAAAUGAUGAUUUCAUUACGAUUACACGUAUUGGUGUGAUUAUCUGGACUUAUCGAGAUUCUGAAAUUAAAAUGCAUUAUUAUUGGAAUUAUUGGAAUAAUCGUUUAGAAGGGUUCGAAUUUGAAAGGAUAAAGUUUAAAAGUCUACUUAAAGACUGGAUUCCAAGAAGAAUUCUUCCUGCUUCAAGUUAUAAAACAAUUCACAACAAUUUAGAUAUUAAAUUCGGUAAAGCAGAAAAACAGCUUUUUAAAAUAUUUUUGGAAGAUAAUAUCAAAGAAAAAUUUUAUUUAAAUUGCUACGGAAAAAUUCUCAUGAAAAGAUUUAUUGAAUUAAAUGACGAUAAAUGGAUUCGAUCUUUAGGCCAAAAUUGUAUUGAGAAGUGUAUGAAAGAAAAUAAUCAUCUAAUUUCUAAAAUUUCUUUGUUUAGCAUUAUUUUUGAAAACUUUAAAGAAUUAUCAGAAAAUCAUCCUGCAUUUAUAGCAAGCGCUUUAUCUGCAAUAGGAUUCGUUGUUUGUUCUAAGAUUGUAGUCACAAACUCAAAUUCUUCACAUCUUUCCAGUCAUGGAAAAUACUGCCAUUUAUCUAAAACAUCAUUUAUUGAUGUAUUAACGUCUAAUCUUUGGAUUCAUUGGAUUAGUUUUCAAAAAAGGUUUCGAAUAAGUUUUGAAACUUUUCAAAAAAAUCAUAGAGAUUUAUCAGAUUUAAUUAUAAAGCCAAUUGUCGAUUUUUUUUCUGUGGGUCAUAGUUCAACCAUACUUGCAAUUCCCUUACCAAACUUUGUUUCUUAUCCACAAGAUUACAAUUUUUGGAAAGAAUUAGUGUUACCUGCUUCCAAUCCUUUUACAUAUUCAAAUAAGGUUGAACUUCGUGAGCAUGUAAUUGAUAUUGUCCAAAACAAUAAUUGGUCUGGUUAUAAAAAACCUUACAUUUCAAAGAAUCUUAAAGAAGUCCUUCAACUCCCUGAAGAAGAGCCCUCAAAUACAGAAAUUGCAGCAGAUAUUAGAAAGCUAAAAGAAUCAAUUUGCAAGAUCACGAAAAAAUAA